AUGGGUCCAAACCCUGACGGGAACGACCUGUUUGUUGAAGAUGACGAAGAACUUGAAGAGGAACUCACCCCUGAAGAGGAGGCAAUGAGUUCCGGCUAUGCGUUGCAGCUAAUUCACCACAUUAUUGCCGAGACCCCGGUGGACGACCGGCGCCGUCGGUGGCUGUUGGAACUCCGGCGUUCUAUCCUCAACGACGAAGGUGAAUUUCAGGAGAGAAUCCGCUCGAUUCAGCAGGAGGCACUCCGUAUCCACGCCGAAAUGGAAGAGCAGAUUGAGAAGCUCACCGCACCCGCGAAUCGAAUCGGAACCCUGCUCGGAUUACCCAAAGAGGACAUCGCCCGCGUCAUCGUCGGUGGCUCCGAAUACUACGCGAACAUUGAUACCGAACUGAAAGCGUCCGACCUUAAAAAGGGGUUCAGUGUCCUAUUGAACGACGCUUUUGUCGUUGUUGGUGAACUCGGAUACAACGAUGCGGGUCCUAUUGCAAAGAUAGCCGAUGUUAUGCCGGAUGGACGGAUCCGUGUCGGUCAAGAACCGAACGCUCAAUCUGUCAUCCUUGAACGCUCCACAGACCUCAUAGAUACGAAGCUGAAACCCGGUGAUGAAGUUCGGAUCGACUCCAACUUCCGGGUCGCUGUUGAACAUAUCGCCGCGAAAGAGACGGACGCUUACGCGCUUGAGGCGGUGCCGAAUAUACCGUGGUCCAAGGUGGGCGGACUUAACGAUACCAUCCAACGCAUUAAGGACACCAUCGAACUCCCGAUUCUACAUCCCAAACUCUUUGAACGGUUCCAGUAUAGCGCGCCGAAAGGUUUUCUUCUCCACGGUCCGCCGGGAUGUGGGAAGACACUCAUUGGCAAGGCGACCGCUUACAACUUAACCCAACGCCUCCAAAAGGAAAGCGGUGAGGACGUUGAAGGGUGUUUCCUACACAUCAAGGGACCCGAGAUCCUCAACAUGUGGCUCGGUGAAUCCGAACGGAAGGUCCGAGAGAUUUUUCAGAUCGCCCGUGAGAAAAAGGAAGAUGGUAAACUGGCGUUUGUCUUUAUAGAUGAAGCGGAGUCGAUAUUAGGCACACGGCGUGCCCUCAGAUCCCAUAGCAUCUCGAACACACUUGUCCCGAUGUUUUGUGCAGAGAUGGAUGGCAUUGAAUCUCUACAGGAUGUCGUUAUUAUCUUGGCGACUAACCGUCCCGACCUGAUCGACCCUGCCGUUUUACGUCCAGGGCGUAUUGAUAGAAAAAUUAAAGUGACCCGUCCAAAUGCAGAGGCUGCGAAGGAUAUCUUCCGCAUCUACCUCACCCCUGAGUUGCCUAUUGCUUCACUCCUUGAUGCGGAGAACGAAGCGGCACCGAAAGAAGGUGAAACGCAACCCGAAGUUAUCCCGGCUGAGAAGGCUGUCGCAGAUCUUAUCGCACAGGCCGUUGAUGAGAUGUUCCGUGAAGACGAAGACAACCGAUUCCUCGAAGUUUCUCUCAGGAGUGGGAGGCGCGAUAUUCUCUAUAAGGGACAUCUGUGCAGCGGUGCUAUUAUUGAGUCGAUUGUGCAGCGGGCGAAGGAGUCCGCGCUCAAGCGUGCGAUUCAGAACCCAGAGAAGGAAAGUGGUAUCACACGCGCCGAUCUGUUAGACGCACUCGCCGCAGAGUAUCACGAAAGCGAAAUCUUCCCACCGACCGAGGCGGUUGAAGACUGGCUCAAGCUCCUUGAUUACGAUCCGGCGAAUGUUGUCAAAAUUACACCUAUCAAGACUGAGAAACAGGAACGACGCAGGGCCUCCGGAUCACGCGUCAUUUAGGAAUGGCUAUCGGCUAUCGGCUAUCGGAAACCGUCAGCAAAGAGAAGAGUGUUUCUGACACGCUUGCAUCUUUGCUGAUGGAAACUGACGGCUGAUGGAAACCGACGGCUUUAA